GACGCAUGCAACUUAUCGGCCUCGGCCGUUUAUGUGGCACAUGUGGUGGCCUCGUCGAACGACUUUUGGCAGGACGUCCCGUCUGGGCAGUGGGUCGAGCUGCUGCCCACGUUGGAGAGGUGGUGUGCAGAAGAAGGACAGGCUCAGAUCGCGGCGCUGCGUAUCAUGGGCUUCUGGGCGGAGGAGUGGUGGCAGUCCUUCGUCUGUGAGCAAGGCGGUCAGGAGAUCCGGACCACGGUGUUAAGGAUGUUGAAGGCUUGCCUCCGGUUGCUGACUUGCUUACCGACCGGCGGCAUCAGAGAGAAUCAGUUGGUGGCAGCAGAGACAGUGUUUCAAUUGCUGGGGUGUGCGCGGGAUGUCCUUGGGCCAGAUGACGCGCUUAGCCGAGAAUUGCUGGAUGCAUUGGUGUUGGCCUGCCGGACGGCGCUGUUACAAUGCCACCAGCUAGGGCAGUCACCGUCCGAGCUCACGGAGCUCGAUCAACUGCUCGCCAGUGCCACUUUGCGUUGCCUUGGCCGCUUGGCCACGGAAUCUGUCACUGUGCUUUCGCCUAAUUUGUGCUGUGUGGCUCCCACAGUGCUGCAGUCGAUGCAGGGAACACCAUCAGCCGUUUCAAUAAUUGCCGUGGAGUUCUGGAGUAGCCUUGCGCUUCACGACAUCGCCGCGGCCUCAUGUGGAACCUACGCUGGGGAGGGACUUGUUGCAGAGUUCCUGCCGCAGCUGGUGCCUCUUCUGCUAGCAAUGCUUGCAGCAUCAGAUGCUGGGCGUUGGAGUGAUCAGCAGCUGGUUGAGGCUGCCUCAGUAUCUUUACAGCUAUUAGUCAAAGCCGACAAGGACGAGUUUUGCAUCCAGCAGAUUUUUCAGUUCUUGUCCCGGAGCCAUGCAUCCAGCCAGAUCGUGGAGCCAGGGUUUGGAGACUUGCUGGCGCUGGAUGCGCUGCUGGAGGCCAGAGAGAGGGAGGCAGCCGAAGCGGUAGGUCUCUUUUGUCCACUGGUGUCGGCUGCCAUGGUCCAUGGCAAUCCUUCUUGGCGGAUUCAGGCAGCAAAGACGGCCACGAGGGCCUUACAGAUGCAGAAGGAGUGCAUUCCGCACGCGGUCAAGGAGAGCUGGCUCCAGACCAGCCUUGUGGCGAUCCGUGACGAAUCAAUGUCCUUCGACUUCGGGCAAGUGCUGCAAGAACUGAUGUCCCAGGCCUGUGCGUCCCCAAAGAGUUUCGAGAUCCUGGCGGGCCAGCUGCUCGCAGCUUUUGAGGAGGUGCCUCCAAACUCGCCGGCAAGACCUGCACUCCUCAGAGCCCUCGCUGGCCUCAUUGAAAGCUCCAGCUGCGAGCCUUUCCUCGGAGCCUUGCUGUUGAAGUUCCUGGAUGCAUUACAGAAGUGCAGGCACAUUGAUGGGGCCGGCGGCUGUCUGAAGGCCUUGACGCUUCGUCUUGGCCCUGCGGUCCUCGAAUUUGCGGACCGCCUCCUCCAGUUCUGCGCAAGCCGCAUGCUCGACAGCACUGUCCAAGAAGAAGGCUUACUGGCCACCGUGGCUUUAGUGAAGGCACUUGGCAAGAGUCACCCCUCUGAUUUGGCAUCGUUGUGGCCUGUCGUCGCCCGAGUCCUGGCCAAGCGAGACCAGCCGGAGGCUUUGAACCUUGUCUUCGAAAUCCUCCAGGCAGCAGCGGAGACGCUGGAGCCCCGCCACCUUCUCCCGUUGGCCGCGCAGGCGGUUCCGGGCCUCCUUUCUUUGCUGGAGGAUUCGAGUCAGCAGGCGGCAGCUGCGGAAUGCCUCAGCACGUUGGCUGCUGCGCUCGGGGCAGAUGCGCCGCAUCUUGAGGCAUUGGUCGCAGGCUUCUGCAGGCAGAGCGUGGCUGGAAUGGUUCUAGCGAGCACGACUAGAAGCAAGCAUGAUACAUGCUACUCACAUCCAGGAUUUUCAGGACGUGUUCUGAUCAAUGGGUGGCGACAAGGACAUGGAGCGCGAUUGUUGCAGAAAUUGCCGGGUUUGUUCAGAGCCGUGAGAAACAUUACGGAGUCUUCAACCCCGACCGAUGUUGGAUCCAAGCCGCAGGCUGGGCCAGUCUACACCUGUCGCAGCUAUGCCUGCGAAGACAUCUGGCUGCAGAGACAGGGUCGGACUGUCCACUUCAGCAAGUCUGCUCAUUGA